AUGGGCAAAUCACAGUCAAAGCUCUCAGCAGAUCAGCUUGCUGAGCUACAGAAAUCGACGCAUUUCGACAAGAAGGAGCUCCAGCAAUGGUAUAAAGGCUUCCUCAAAGACUGCCCGUCCGGCAUGCUGAGCAAGGAGGAGUUUCAGAAAAUCUAUCGCCAAUUUUUCCCAUUCGGCGAUCCGAGCUCAUUUGCCGACUAUGUCUUCAACGUAUUCGACAGUGAUCGCUCUGGCAGCAUCGACUUCAAAGAGUUCAUUUGCGCCUUGAGCGUUACCAGUCGCGGCAAGACAGAGGACAAGCUCGACUGGGCGUUUCAACUGUACGACAUAGACGGCGAUGGGAAAAUCAGCUACGACGAGAUGCUCCAGAUUGUGGAGGCGAUCUACAAGAUGGUUGGCUCAAUGGUGAAGCUUCCCGAAGACGAGGACACGCCUGAGAAGCGUGUGAAAAAGAUAUUCGCCAUGAUGGACAAGGACGAAAAUGGCAGUCUGGAUAUAGAGGAGUUCAAAGAAGGCAGUAAGCGCGACGAGACUAUCGUCUGCGCGCUAUCUCUCUAUGAUGGGCUGGUCUGA